AUGGCCUAUACAGCCAUUUCUGGUACUCUGCAGCAAGGAGAUGCUCUUCGAUCAGCCUUGAGAGAGGUUCCCAUUGGUAAAGCCGGUGGUGAUGGCGGGGGCCCUCUGCUGGGGGGCCUUCUUGGAGGAGGAGGAGGUGGAGGGGGUGGAGGUGGCCUGCUGGGGGGCCUGCUUGGUGGUGGGGGUGGUGGGAACAGCGAUGAUCUGUUAGGUGGAGUUGGAGGAGGUCUGCUGGGUGGUGGGAGCAGUGGCGGUGGCGGGCUGUUGGGCGGCAGCGGUGGCGGGUUAUUGGGUGGUGGCGGUGGGCUGUUAGGUGGUGGGAGCAGUGGCGGCGGUGGGCUCUUGGGAGGCAGUGGUGGCGGUGGUGGGCUCUUGGGAGGCGGUGGUGGCGGUGGUGGGCUCUUGGGUGGCGGCCGACACCGUUAUGAUCGUUAUGAUGACUACAGACGUGCUGAAAUUCCUCGAGGUGUUGGUGGUGUUCCUUAUAAUGACUUCCAUGUUCGGGGAACCCCCCAAAAAUACAACAACGGCAAGCAACUUGGAGGAAAUUACAAAUAUGGCCUCAUUGAAUCCAAUGAAAACACUGCUCGCCUCGGUGGUAAAUACAAAUAUGGUGAAAUUUUAGAAACAGACGGGAGCGUCAGGGAUCUCCGGAACGUCAAUAAUGCCUAUGGAGGUGUUAAGGGCCGUAGUGGGCGCGCUUAUAGGUCUGUGAACUAUUUAGAUAAUAGAAAUCAGCACCGUGACCUGCGCCCUGGAGAGAUCCCCCCUGGUGUGGCCACUGGAGCACUCGGUCCAGGAGGGCUGCUGGGCACAGGAGGGAUGCUGGCUGCAGAUGGCAUCCUGUCUGGACAAGGGGGCUUGCUUGGUGGUGGUGGUCUUCUGGGAGAUGGAGGCCUUCUUGGAGGAGGAGGGGUCCUUGGUGUCCUUGGCGAAGGUGGCAUCCUCAGCACUGUCCAAGGAAUCACAGGGUUGAGAAUUGUGGAACUCACACUCCCCAGAGUAUCUGUAAGGCUCCUGCCUGGUGUGGGAGUCUACCUGAGCUUGUACACUCGAGUGGCCAUCAAUGGCAAAAGUCUCAUUGGCUUCCUGGACAUUGCUGUAGAAGUGAAUAUCACCGCCAAAGUCCGGCUGACGAUGGACCGGACAGGCUAUCCCCGGCUGGUCAUUGAGAGAUGUGACACCCUUUUGGGAGGCAUCAAGGUCAAACUCCUUCGGGGCUUGCUCCCUAAUCUUGUGGAUAACUUAGUGAACAGAGUCCUGGCCAAUGUUCUUCCUGACCUGCUCUGUCCAAUUGUGGAUGUCGUGUUGGGCCUUGUCAAUGACCAACUGGGUCUUGUGGAUUCUUUAAUACCACUUGGUAUAUUAGGAAGUGUUCAAUAUACCUUUUCAAGUCUUCCAUUGGUGACUGGUGAAUUCCUGGAGCUGGAUCUAAAUACUCUUGUUGGAGAGGCUGGAGGAGGUCUGAUUGACUAUCCAUUGGGCCGACCAGCCACUAUGCCAAAACCCCAGAUGCCAGACUUACCACCCAUGGGUGACUCAACCAAUUCCCAGCUUGCAAUUUCUGCCAACUUCCUGGGCUCAGUGUUGGCUCUCCUGCAGAAGCAAGGGGCACUGGAUAUAGACAUCACCGAUGGCAUGUUUCCUGAGCUCCCUCCUCUAACCACAUCCACUUUGGGGGCAUUGAUCCCUAAGGUUUUCCAGCAGUAUCCUGAAUCACGUCCAUUGACCAUCAAAAUUCAGGUCCCCAAUCCUCCUGAUGUCACUUUACAAAAAGAUCAAUGUGUGGUAACAGUUUUUGCAACCUCCGAAGUACAGGUGUCCCAGCCAAAUGAUGUGGAAACUACUAUCUGUCUUCUCAAUGUGGAUGUUGAACUCUUGGCCAUGUUCUCUGUGGAAGGUGAUAAGCUUAUGAUUGAUGCUAAGCUGGACAAGACAACACUCACCUUGAAAACUUCAAAUGUGGGCAAUUUUGAUGUUGGCUUGAUGGAAGUGCUGGUCGGCAAGAUUUUUGACCUUGCUUUUAUGCCGGCGAUGAAUGCUGUGCUAGGCUCUGGAGUUCCACUCCCCAAAAUAUUGAAUAUUGACUUCAGCAAUGCCGAUAUUGAGGUCUUGGAGGACCUCCUUGUGUUGAGUGCAUGAGUUUAAGAAGACCAAGGCAUGGAGCUCUAAGCUCCCUCUCUCCAUCUGCAAGUUAGUACUCCAUAGUACCAUCAUCACUGCCCUGAAGAAGGCAGGACGAUCUUCUCCUUCCCUGUUAUUUCACAAAGAUGGUGCCUGAGCUCAUCCAUCCCCCCAAGACACCUGUCACUAAAGGCUGACUUGACUGAAAUGGCCUUAGGGGACUUGGCAGCCAUAGUUUGCUCCAAAGCAAUUGAAUUUCCCAAUUUGCUAAAAUGAGGUGAAGACCAGCCAAAAGGACAUGGGUAAGGGCUGUAGAGACAAGGAUGUUUUGAACAUUGUUUGUUGUUCAUGUUGCUUUUUCAAUAAAAGAUUCCCCUUUGUCUGCACUUCA